UGGGAAGCACUGCAGAACAUGUAAAGAAACUGAUGCGCCACAAUCACAAUUAGCUUAAUACUUCCAGUUGUUUUGAUACACCAUAUUCUCUGUUGACGUAAUUAGCGUACUUUUGAUGCUACAAUAUGGACCGCAUGGCAGUAGUGCAAGCAUUGCUUAUUCUUGCAGUGUGCAGUGGAGCAUCUUCAGUACACACAGGUCAAUGUCCGGCCAUUGAUGAUGACGUCUUUCAAACUAAUAAAGGAAGUUGCCUUAAUGCAUGUGAGUCCGAUUCAAGCUGUGAUGAGGGAUAUCAGAAGUGCUGCUAUAAUGGUUGCGGCAAGGAGUGCCUUGAUGUAAGGCUGAGAACAGGCAGAGAGGCUCAAGGAGCUUGCCCGCUUUUAAAGCACGACACCAUCGGAGUCUGUCUGGACGAAUGCUCUCCCUCCGACGAUCAGUGCGAAGAUGGAAAGAUGUGUUGCGGGAAUGGGUGUGGUCAUGUCUGUACCACGCCCGUAGCUGAUGAACCAACACCCGAGAAACAGGGCAAGUGCCCCGUAUUGGACGUCGUCCGAGAGGGUAUUGAUACCUGCUCUGUAGAGUGUACAGCUGACAGUGACUGUAAGAGUACACAGAAAUGUUGCAGUAUCGGAUGCGGUAGUGUUUGUGUGAAUCCUGUCAAAUCUAAGACGGGUUCAUGCCCAAAUUUAGACGUGUUGGGAGAUAGUAAGACUGGAGAUUGCUUGGCAAACUGUACUUCUGAUGAGGAAUGUCCAGGUGAGCAACGGUGUUGUAGUAUUGGAUGCAGUGCUAUCUGCAUGGCUCCCAUCAAGCCGAACCCAAGAGAGUGCCCUGAAACAGUAGAGGGUAACCCUUGUGAUGAGAACUGCUCAACCGAUGGGGACUGUACGGGUGUGGAGAUAUGCUGUGAUACUGGAUGCGGCCAUGUCUGCGUGGAUCCUGCUCGACCUAAACCUGGGCAAUGUCCACAGAUAUUGAAGAAUACAUCGUUUGGGAUAUGUACUGAAGACUGUAGCUCGGAUGUUGAUUGCACAGGGGAGCUGAAAUGCUGCAGUAACAAUUGUGGCAACGUUUGCACUCGUCCCGACGAGCAGCCGAAACCAGGAAACUGCCCUGAGAUAUUACAUGAUACGAUGGGUAUUUGUUCUGAGGAGUGUAGCUCCGAUGCGAAUUGCACCCGGGAUCUUAAGUGCUGUAGUAAUGGUUGUGGCCAUGUUUGCAUGCGUCCUGAAGAGCAGCCGAAACCAGGAAACUGCCCCGAGAUACCAGAUGACACGAUGGGUAUUUGCACCGAGGAGUGCAGCUCUGAUGCAAAUUGCACCCAUGAGCUGAAAUGCUGCAGCAACGGUUGUGGGCACGUUUGCAUGCGUCCUGAAGAGCAGCCGAAACCAGGAAACUGCCCCGAGAUAUUACAUGACACGAUGGGUAUUUGCUCCGAGGAGUGUAGCUCCGAUGCGAAUUGCUCCGGGGAGCUGAAAUGCUGUAGUAACGGUUGUGGCCAUGUUUGCAUGCGUCCUGGUGAGCAGCCGAAACCAGGAAACUGCCCCGAGAUACCAGAUGACACGAUGAUGGGUGUUUGCACCGAGGAGUGCAGCUCUGAUGCAAAUUGCACCAGGGAGCUGAAAUGCUGCAGUAACGGUUGUGGCCACGCCUGUAAGGAACCCUUAUGGUACGGUUGCCCAGAUAUCCCGACGGACUUAAUGGGUAUAUGUAUCGACAAGUGUGAUUCAGACAUCGAAUGUGUUGGGAACCAGAUGUGUUGCAGUAAUGGCUGUGGCCAUGACUGCAUAACCCCUGUGCUGAAAACCAAACCAGAUCGAAGUGGCCAGUGUCCAAUAGUAGGUGAAGACACUGUUGGUAUCUGCGUAGAUCAGUGUCACUCUGACAGGGACUGCUCUGAUGUGUCACAGAGGUGCUGCAGUACGGGAUGCGGUCAUGUUUGUAUGGAUACCGUGAUUGAGACAACACACAACUCCGGAUGCAGACUUGGUGAGAACUUCUACAUCGAUGGAGAGGCUGUUUCCACAUCAGACGACUGCAACACGUGCAUUUGUUCUUCGGGAGAGGUUGUCUGCAGGAUAAGUGGAAACUGCAAAGGAAUAGGGACAUUUUCAGUGUCAAUGAAGGCACCGGUAGUGUGUGGUGUAGCUGGAAUCAUAAUUAGCCUCUUACUCGUGGCUGUGCUCGUAAAGUGUUACGUAAUGCGGUUGGUAUCCACCAAGAAGCCAUACAAGAUGAUUUACGAGGUGCAAGAGUUUGAACCUGUUCCCAGACACGUACUGUGAAACGGUGUGCGGAGUCGAAAUGAUUGCGGGAGGAUCGACGCAAUGUGACGGCGUAUGUGAUGAUCAUAACGCACACAACCCCACGACAACGUUUUUUUAGCCAGUUUGGUAGGAGAUUCUGGUGAAUUAACUGUGUACACACUUUUUCUGAUAGCGCCCUCUAUUGAAUCAUCCUCCUUCAGGCCAUUUUUAUUUCCCAUACGGGGACAGAAUCUCAGGGGAUUCGAUUUUCCUAAGGGACACAAGCAUAUAAAUGUCGGAGUACGGAGCCUACCCGCUUGCACACCUCAAUGUAUGUGUUGGAGAACUAAGCUGUCUGUCUUAACCAUUGUUUCCUCCAGACGUCGGGAAAACGGAAAUGACAAAAAUAAGGAGGCUUCACAAAGAUGUACUUUUAUUACUUUCACCUGUUAUUGAGGAACUAUGGGCUAGAAUUAGGUAAAGUGCUUGCACUAAAGACAUGCACUGAAAUUAUUUGGAAAUUACAAAUUUUCUUGUUAAUUGAUAUUCGUUUUAUGUACAAAAUCAUUGCCACACAAUGUGAGAGAAUGGUGUUGCGUUUAUUGAAUUAAUGUUUAUUUCCUAGCGAUUUCAGUUCAUUUCUUUAAUAUUGUUUCCACAAUUUUACAAUAAAAUUGUACAAUAAUAGCACGCAAACAGUAGCAAUAUAAAGGUUAUAGCAAUACCAAGGUGGAAACAAAGUAGAUAGUAAAAAUAAUGGCAAACAUUAUUUACAUGCAUGUGGACGGAGGCCCUCAAAAAGCAUUGCUUGUCGUGUAAGAAGGACCUCAGGAAAAUACAAAAACGUCAGAGAACAGUUUUAUUGUUUACAAUACUAAUUGAAUAAGGGCAAAACAACAUCGCCUACAUGCCACAGUUCAAGUCAACAUCGCCUACAUGCCACAGUUCAAGUCAACAUAGCCUACAUGACACAGUUCAAGUCAAACCCAAAAGGCACUUAGAUAUCACUCCUAAUAAAUCAUCGUUCUCGCGCUGAUAGUGCUACACGGGGUGUAUAGUAUACAUUUAGAAAAACGUAUCCUAAUUGGAUGUUUUAUACGUUUACAAAAAUCUGGCACUAAGUAUUUGUGGACCAAGGUCCUAGCUUUUUAAUUUGUGCGAAAUCAAUCCUCAGCUGUUCCGCAUGAGUGAGCACUAGCUAAUUACUAAUAUCAAGUCAAUUCAAAUCAAUUCAAUAUACAUUUAUUUACACAAAACAUUUCCACAAUAUUAUAGUAAUACAUACAGGUAUAUAUAAAUGAUAGAAAGAAAAUAAACUGGCGGAAAACGCGUGGAGGCAAGGCCCAAAAUAAGCCAGGUAGCUUGUAGCGGCUUGCCUUUACAUAACAAAA